AUGCCUUGUAGAAAUGGACUGACUUUAACCAAGCGAAAACAUGGCGUCUGCGCCCCGGGGCUGGGUCUGUUCGUGUUUGCGGCUCUGUGCUGCCUGGAGGUGUGGAGCUCCGAGCCGCGGAGCUGCUCUCCGUGUCCGCUCAACUGCAGCUGUGUGGCGGGGCCCCUGCUCUCCUGCCUCGUCAACUGCUCCAACAUCCGACUGGAGAAGGCCCCAGCCGCCGCUGACCUGCCCCUGUCCACCAGCGUGCUAGACCUGUCCAAAAACCAAAUCUCCUCCCUUGACACCAGCCUCCUCGAUCGGCUGACUGGUCUCCGCGAGCUAUAUCUGCAGGGAAACCGGAUCAAUGUUCUGCCCAGAGGCGUCUUCUGCUGUGGGCCCCUGUCGGUGCUAGAUCUGAGCAACAACCAGAUCACCACAGUGAAGGAGCAAAUAUGUGACAAUCUGUGCAAUUUAACGCAAAUCGAUCUUAGCAGUAAUCCCUUUGAGUGUGACUGUAAACUCUUCCGACUGGUGAGCUGGCUCCAGAAGAAGGGGGUCCGGGUGCGGCGGCCCGAAUCCAUGCUCUGUAACCACCCGUCUGAGCUCCACCACCACCCUCUGCUCAACAUCAGUCAGCUCACCUGCGGUAUGAACUAUGCAGCCUGUUUGGAGGAUAGCAGCAGUGGAGCAGGAGGCCGCACGGAGCUUGUGAUCUUCUCCUCGUCAACUCCGGGAAACUUCAGCCGGGAGCACUGCACUGGACUGUGUCUGACCUCGUCCCAUCGUUACGGGGGACUAGGGGCCCGCAAGGAGUGUCUAUGCAGCACAAACUCUGAACCCAACUUCAUCAGCGAGUCCCAGUGCUCUGCGGCCUGCACCAACCCACAAGUCAUGGAGGAGUGUGGCUGGACUCUUGCUGAUGAAGCCUUUGCAGUGGAUUUCUCCGUCACAUUGAAGCCUGUCCAACCUCAAAGUGUCCACGACCAAAUCAGCUUCUCUGCGUCCUCCUCAGUCUCCCCCGUCACACUGUCCUGGGACUUUGGAGACCUUUCCCCCCGGUUCAACACCUCUGAACCCGAGGCAACCAGAGCCAUGCACAAAUAUGGACUUCCUGGCCAAUACAAAGUCGGUGUGACUGCAUGGAUGGGUAACAAAGAGCAGGCGUCCGCUCAGGGCGAGGUGACAGUGAUGCUGCCGCCCAAACUUCACCUGAUGUGUCCUCGUCUCGCUGUGGCCAAUAGCAGUUUGGAGAUCUCUCUGUUCACCUGGGGAGCCAUGGGCUUAAGCAUUGACUGGAAAAUUACCAAGGACAGCGUGGAAGUGGCAAAAGCCUGUCCUCACUGUCCUGGCGGAGUGAUCCACAACGAGACGUCCCAUUGUUUCCAGAUUUUUCCCGAGAUGAACUGGACUGAUGCUCGACAGCAGUGUUUAGACCACGGUGGAGAUCUGGCAAUUGUGAGAAGUGACGCACUGCGUGGAGAGCUAGCUUCACAUGUCACACAGGAGCGUGGAGUGUGGCUUGGCCUAAGUGAUGUCCAGUCCCCCGGGAGGCUGCAGUGGGUGAACGGCUCUGAUGCGCUGGAGGGAGAGGAGGGACCGCCGCCUCGAUCCGUUAUCGCCAGAGGAAAUAUGUGCGUCUCCCUUGACCAUCGCGGACAGACUAGCUCACACCCCUGUAACAUCAAGAGGGCGUUUGUCUGCGAGCGCAAGCCACAAGUUCCAGUCCCUGAUGCUGGUGUGUAUAGUGUGGGCCUGGCUGUGUUUCCUACCCAUAAUCCGCUGCUUCAGAUUGAAGCAGAUGAGCUCUUUAUUCCUAGACAAACUAGAGGCGUUAUUGAGAUUCUGUUGUUUCCAGUACUUAACUUUGUCCACGCCGGCCAAUUGUCCUCACUAGAAGUUGUUACACAGAAGCUUCAAACUCAAGUCCAAGUUCGUUUCCAGACCUAUAGACCUCACUGUCACCAUCUCGGCCUUCACCUGCUACUUCCACGUUGCGGAGGUGUGGCCUGUGCGUCUGUAGCUGUUUGCGUUCCCAUUGAUCUGGGUCCCAGAAGAGACCCUCCUUCGUGCCCCCCGCUGCAGCAGUGGUGCCCGUUUCAGCAGCAGUGUCGUGGUCUCUCUGUGCCGUGUCCGCCGUCGUCUUGCGCAGACUGUGGCCACGCUCAUCCUUUACCACACGGGGCGCUCAGACCACACUAUACUUUGCAACGUGAGGUGGUCCUCACGUUGCCAGCCGGACCCCCUGCACACAUACAGAUACUCGACCAAGGAGAGAUACUCCUCGUGUCGCCGGGGGACGUUUUUGCCCUUCAGCACGACGCAGGUCCAGGGUCCCUCCUCCACUGCCAGCCGGCCCCACACUCCCCCUGGCGCCAGUCGGUUAUAGCUAUAAAUCAGUCGGAAUGGUUAUGGUUAAACAACUCUGUAGCUUAUGAAGAACAUGAGACGAGCCGCGUGCCAGAACCUGAGCUGGACCUGGAGGCCCUGGUGGAGGGUGGAGAGGGGCGGUGGAUGGAGGACGUGGUUUGUCCCGUCAGAGUGCUCUACGUAGGGCACAGUGAGAGCCAGCUGCAGGGAAGGCAUCUGAUGACUGGUCUGAACGAGCCUGGCCUUUACUCUCUGACGGCGUAUUCGGCUGAUCCAUCCUACCCUGCGUCAGACACAUGCCUGCUGCCUGUUGUGCCUCCUCUAGGUUUAACCAUCAUCCACCCAACGCUUCAGAAUGGAUCCGUUUACUUGCAGCCCAACGACACCCUCCUUCUGCUGCGAGUGCAGUCUCGAUAUGUGACCAGUGCAGUAUGGAGCGGGACCAACCGCAGCGUGACCUUCCAGCUCCUCUGUCCCUCUGAGUUUGUGUCCCGUCCCAGUGUCUGUCAGCCCAGUUCGAGCGCAGGGUCCAGGGCGGAGCUCAUGGAGCCCAGUCAGUACGCGGUGCUGGAUGUGGGGCCUGGACUAGAGGGGCGGCUCCUGCAGCUGGAGCUGGAGGCCCGGAACAACGUGACGGAGGCCAGUCUGUCUGUGGCUGUGCACCUGGAGGAGCCGCUGCAGGGGUUGAAAGUGCAGCCACACCCGACCCAUAGAGUGCUGAUGGAGUCUGUGGUGAGCUACUCGGCAUCAGUGGUGCAAGGCUCAAAUCCAACAUUCAAAUGGACAGUUGAUGACAAACCUUAUUUCACUUAUUACAACACAGUGCUCAAUGUGAUCUACCAGCAUGCUGCCAUUUACAAGCUCACGGUGACGGCUUUGAACCAUGUGAGCAGCAUUACAGAACACUUUAAUGUGACUGUGGACCGACUGGUGCCAAUGGCCAACCUUUCUGUCCGAGGGGUUCCAGAUGUGGUCCCCCAGGGCUCCACUCAGACUUUCACCACCUCUGUGCUGCUGGAUAUGUCUGUGACCGCAACUUUCCGUUGGCAUUUCGGUGAUGGUGGAUAUAAAGAGUUUGAAUACAAGCCUCCGUAUGCCCCCACUCUGCACAGUCCAGACUCCCCCAAUCAAGUCCUCCUCAGCAACAACGUCACUUAUGUCUAUUCUCAACCAGGGAUUUACACAGCUGUAGUGUCAGUGACAAACCGCUAUGGGAACAUCAGUCAGACCAUCAACAUGAGCGUCUACAGCAUCCUCAAUCACGUGGACAUACAGACAGAGCCUCAGCUGCUGCUCGCCGGCCAAAACGCAGAGUUCGAAGCCCAUCCUCUGCCCUCUGCGUACGGGAUCCACUACGACUGGCUCCUGGGCGACGGCUCCGCUCCCCUGCAGGGUCGCCGCGUGGCCCACACCUACGCCCAAAGCGGGGUCUUCAACAUCUGCGUCUCAGUCAACAACACCAUAAGCUCUUUGAACGUCUGCGCGGAGAUGUUUGUGUUUGACAAAAUUGAAAACCUGUCCGCCAACACCUCAUCUCCGUCUGAGCUGAACUGCCCUACAAUCGUACAAGCUCACAUUACAUCUGGAAACAAUGUGACUUGGACUUUCUCUAUGGGCGAUGGUCAUAUCCACACUCUGUCUGACCCAUACAUAUCGCACCACUACAGCUCCGACGGCAACUACACCGUGAAUGUCACAGCCUCGAACGCAGUCAGCAGCGUUUGGACUCUUCUCCCUGUGCAUGUGUUUGUUUUCCAAAUCGUCCACAUCCAACCAGCGGUUUGCGUCCAUGAAUACACCCCAAUAAACUUCACUGCUUUUGUCACAGGAAAUUCCUCCGCUCACCUUUAUGAGUGGACAUUUGGAGACGAAAGCGUGGGUGAAAAAACGAUACGACACGGAAACCCUCGAAUCUCACACACGUACGUCGCAAGUGGGAAUUACAACCUUACUCUUUCAAUUUCGAGUGGUGUGAGCAAAGCGAUCAAAGACAUGCUAGUUUGUGUGGAGCCAGCUCUUCAAAAUAUCAACGUCAUGCCUGAUCGAACGCAUUACGCCGUAGAGGAGAAAAUUUGCGCGAGCUUGAAGGACUUUACAUUGUACCAGACGAUGAAAUCAGUGGUGUUGGUCCAAUGGAAGGAUGCUGCUUUGCCACAGAAAGCACACUCCACCUACAGGCAGGGUUGA